AUGAUUGUUCGACGAUGGGAUCCGGGCUCACAGACGGGGAUUUCAUGGUGGUAUGAUUUCGCAAUCUUUCAGAUUUAUGGGUUACGAGGGAAUCUGGAAAAAUCGGUGGAGGUGGGAUCUGUUACGACACAGGUUUCGGAAGGAAUGGUCACGAGUUUUGGUAAUAGGAGAUUCACAGCAGGAUCUGAGGAGAUACACAAGGGGGUUGCGAUUCGAAGUUAUUGCAAUUAUUCUGGGAAAUCUGGUGGACAAUCCUGCGGAUUUGGAGAUCUACAAAAUAACCCGAUUCUGGUCAUCAUCAAGACCCAAUCAUACAGAUGGAUAGGUAUCUUACUUUGCUCAAUUAAAGUGGGAAUUUUAGGGAUUGAUUCGCAAAGUCGAACAAGGAAAGACUGGAGGAUUCAUAGAGCUUGGGUUUUUAAAUGGGAAUAUUCUGGAAUUUCAGUGUACAGCUUGAAGGGCGAGGUUCCGGAGGAGGGGGAGAUAAAAGGUGAUGCAGAGAACUUUCAACCCUCUUUGGAGUUCCAGAUGGCGCUCCAAAACAAACAAGCUCAAGGAUCGCAGGUCAUUUCGGAUCCAUUUGAUGAGGUACAAGGUUUAGAAGCAGUGACCAAUAUGAUGGAAAAUAAAAAUAUUUUGGGAAAAGAGGAUGCGAUGGAUAUGGAUGAGAUUAGAGCAUGUUUGUUAGAAAAUGGAAUUGAUAUGGAUUCUGAGGAUUUUUUGAAGGAGAAUCCAGAGGAGAAUUUUGAGGAAAUGCUAAAACAGCAUGAGGAGGAAGCAAUGGAGGAAGGAGAGGAUUGUGUGGAGGCUGAGGAACAAAGGGAUGCAGGGGAGGCGAAGGAUACUGUGGGAGGAGAGCAGGAGAAAAAUAAAGGUUUGCGUAAGAGGACUGCUAAACCUCAGAGCAACACUUUAGGGAGCAAUAAGAUGAGGUCUGCAGUAGCACUACUUUCUCCACGGAAAAAGACUACGGCUAAAGGAGGAGCAAACAGGGCGACACCAUCAAGGACGACAAGGGACUCUCAAUCCCGAAGGCUGGUCAUCAGAAGUUUUAAGUUCUAUGGGUCUGUUGAAUGUGGAAGAAAAGCACUACAUCGUGGGGAUGGAAGAUGGUUUUAUGUUUUUUUAUGGUUGCAAUAA